CUUCCCCCAGUCCCCGCCGCCCGGCCGCGCGGCUCACGUGACCGGCCCCAGGGGAGGGGAAGGGUGAACGAAGCGUGAAGGGGCGGGGCACUGGAAGACGCGGUAUGCAUCAUCAAGAUGCGCCGGGCGAGUUGCGGCGCCUGGUGUCUCAGGGAGGCUGAAGGUUCGGAGAUUCAGUAACAUGGCGGAGGCCGCGGCAGUUGUGUGGAUUCGCGGCCCCGGCUUUGGGUGCAAGGCGGUACGGUGUGCCUCGGCUCGGUCCACCGUCUGGGAUUUUAUCCACCGGCACUGCCAAGAUCAGGAUGUUCCAGUGGAAUACUUCUUUGUGAAAUGCAAUGGAUCACUCAUUAACACCAGUGACACAGUGCAGCAUGGAGCCGUGUAUAGCUUGGAACCCAGACUUUUCGGUGGAAAAGGAGGUUUUGGAUCUAUGCUCCGAGCACUUGGUGCUCAAAUUGAGAAGACAACCAAUCGAGAAGCUUGCCGGGAUCUCAGUGGAAGGAGACUACGCGAUGUCAAUCAUGAAAAAGCAAUGGCUGAAUGGGUAAAACAACAAGCUGAGCGAGAGGCUGAAAAGGAGCAGAGGCGGCUGGAGCGACUGCAACGGAAGCUUGUAGAACCCAAACACUGCUUUACCAGCCCUGACUACCAGCAGCAGUGCCAUGAGAUGGCUGAGCGUCUGGAGGAUUCCGUCCUCAAAGGUAUGCAGGCUGCCUCCAGCAAGAUGGUUUCAGCAGAAGUCAGUGAGAGUCGGAAACGGCAAAGGCCUACCAGAUCUAAAACAGACAGAGGAGCCGGCAUGGGGAAGAAGAGAUGCUUCUGGUUGGGCAUGGAGGGACUAGAGACUGUAGAAGGGUCCAGCUCAGAGAGCUCAGAUGAUGACAGUGAAGAAGCACUGAGCACUUCAAGAAUCAGUUUCCAUGCUCCCAAACAUGGCAGCGAUGGUGUGAAGAUGACAGCCAAAUUUCCCAGUAGUUCUCAGAGGGCAAGAGUAGUGAAUACUGACCCUGACUCACCAGAACAACUGCAGAUCGCAGUGACUGACUCUGGGCGGCAUAUUUCAAAAGACUCAUGUGCUGAGCUGGGGGAGUCCAAAGAGCACAUGGAAAGCAGGAUGGUGACAGAAACAGAAGAGACCCAGGAGAAUAAGGCAGAGAGUAAAGAAUCCAUAGAAGAGGAAUCCACUGGGGCUGGACUGAAUAAGGAGAAAGAGACAAAAGAAGGGACUGAUGAGGAAAGAGUUGCUGAGGUAGCACUUGAAGUUAAGGAAAACAUUGCCGUUGCCAAACUGCAGGAGAGCCAGCCCGGAGACACAGUUAUUGGUAAGGAAACUAUAGAUUUAUUGGCGUACAACUCUGUUGCAGAACUGGAGUUGCUGGGUUUGGAGAAGCUCAAGUGUGAACUGAUGUCCCUCGGACUGAAAUGUGGGGGCACUUUACAGGAGCGGGCAGCAAGACUCUUCUCUGUCAGAGGACUGGCAAAGGAGCAAAUUGACCCGGCUUUAUUUGCCAAGCCUUCGAAAGGGAAGAAGAAAUGAAUGUCAUCAGAGCUGAUUCCUGUUUCUCUAUAGUGUCUAGCAUUUAUAACCUGUAUAAUGUGGACUCUUGACGAGUAUUCCUGUUGAUACUAAAAACUAACUUUUUAGUAACCCAAUUCUAACUAUCCCCUUUUUCCUUGUUAGGUCUGUAGAAUUAAUGUCUGAAACCAUCUGGGCCUUACAUUUUCUUUGUAUGGUUUUCUGUAAUGUAUUUAAUAAAUAUAGGGCUAUUCAGAUUUUUUGGUUUGAUCUUGUGUCAUUUAGGUAAUGAAUCUAUCCAAGGAAUCUAUCCAUUUGACCCAGGUUAUGAAAUUUGUAGAAAUAAAGUUAAAUUGAAAAGAAAUAAAAUUUCUUUUCUUCAUUAUAUUCUUUCUUCUACUUAGCUUGGGUUUCUUUUGAUCUUUUUUCUUUAGUUCCUUAAGAUAAGCCUUAGGUCAUUGAUCUUGGACAUUAUGUAAAAUAUAUAUUUAAAGCUAUAAAUUUUCCUUUAAGCAUUACUUUAGUUGCAUCUUUACAAUUUUAUUAUAUUGCAUUUAAAUUAUUCAGUUCUAAUUAUUUUCUUUUUUUUUUUUUUUCUCUGAGACGGAAUUUUGCUUUUGUCGCCCAGGCUGGAGUGCAACGGUACAAUCUUGGCCCUAUGCAGCCUCUGCCUCCUGGGUUCAAGUGAUUCUCCUGCCUCAGCCUCCUGAGUAGCUGGCACUAGAGGCACCGGCCACCAUGCCUGGCUAAUUUUUCUAUUUUUAGUAGAGAUGGGGUUUCACCACAUUGGCCAGGCUGGUCUCAAACUCCUGACCUCAGGUAAUCCACCCGCCUCUGCCUCCCAAAGUGCUGGGAUUACAGGCAUGAGCCACCACACCCAGCCUCUAAUUAUUUUCUCAUUUCCUCCAUGAAUUCUUCUUUGAUCCACGGAUUAUCAGAAGUAGACUAAUUAGCAAAUAAUUUGGUUUUUUUCCUCUUAGUAUCUUGUUGCUAAUUUCUGCUUUAAUUCCAAUGAGGUCAGUAUCCUCUUUAUGAUUUUAGUCCUUUAGUUUUAUUGAGACUUGUUUUAUGAUGAAUGUUGUCUGUCAUGAUGAAUGUACCACACACAGUUUAAAAGAAUGUGUAUUUUAGGCCAUGUGUGGUGGCUCAUGCCUGUAAUCCAGUAUUUUGGGAGGCUGAGGUGGGAGGAUCAUUUCAAGACCAGCCUGGACAACACAUAGCGCGACCACACCUCUAAAAAUAGGAAUAUGUAAUGUGAAUUGUUGGGUGAAUAUGUUCUGUGAUACGGAUUAGAUUAAGUGGUUGAUAGUAUGGUUCAGAUCUUCUACAUCUUUACUGAUUUGUUUAGCAGGUGCUGAGAAAGGAUGUUAAAAUUUUCAAUUAUGAUUGUGGGAUUGUCCGUUUUUUUCUUUAAUUCUGCCAGUUUUUACUUCAUUUUUUGAAGCUCUAAUAACUUCUGUCUUCCCAAUGUAUUGACCAUUUUAUCAUUAUGAAAUUUCCCUCUGGCACGCAGCCUUCUUAAGCCUGGUGUUUGCACAGUACACCUCUUUCUGUUCAUUUACUUGGCACUUCUGUGUCUAAAGUAGUUUCUUUAAAUAACGUAUACUUGAGUCUUGCAUUUGAUAUAUUCUGUCUCUACCUUUUAAUAAGUGUUAACAUUAAAUUGUUUGUAAUAUUUUACAUGUUUUCGCUUUAGCUUAGGAGAUUCUUUAGCUAUACUGUUUUUAUAAUUGUUUUAAGUUGGAUGCUCUAGGAAUUACAGUAUGCAUUCUUAAUUUUUCAGUCUACCUGGAGUUGAUGUGCCACUUCACAUAAAAUGUAGAAAUCUUGUAACUGUGUACCUCCAUUUACCAUCCCUGCUUUUUAUGCUGUAAUUGUCAUACCUAUUAAAUCUACAUACGUUGUAAGCCCUGUCAUAAUUUCUGCUUUAAAUAAUAUGUAUUUUAAAGAAAUUAAGAGGAAAAAUAAAAUCUUUUCUAUUUAUUCA